AUGACGAUCAGUCUGAUGGCAGCUCUGUGUGAGAGCGUGUUGGCAGUCAACAUGUUACUGAGUAUCUUCUUUCUUCCAGGUGUUUUGGCUCAAUGUGGUAGAUCAACAUCAGCACUCAACAUCACUGCACCUAAUAACAUUGAAGCUCUGAGUGGAUCUUGUUUGGAAAUCCCAUGUAGCUUUAAUACAGUUAAUCCCAAUUAUGACAAUAAAAGAACUGUCAACGGAGUGUGGAUGAAAGGUAGUUCACAUUUUUGGUAUGUUCCAAAGGUAGUUAUUUUCCACAGCAGUAGGUCAGUUAACACCUUUUCACUGAAUAUUAUUGGAAACCUGACAGAGAAAAACUGCACCACUCUGUUUCCUAAUUUAAACACAAGUUUUACAGACAGAUACUUCUUCAGAAUUGAGAACGGGAACUACAAAGCAACAGCUUGUGCUGAUCCUGUCAACAUAACAGUUAAAGAUUCUCCUUGGAGUCCCAGCAUUAACAUCCCUGCUGAUCUGAAGGAGCAUCAGUCUGUCACUAUCAGCUGCUCAGCUUUGACUCCCUGUCCACACUCACCUCCUGAACUCACCUGGAAUCUCCAACAAGACUCUCACAGACAAACAGAGAAAAACACAGAGGGAACCUUUACAACUAAAAUACAGGAGACCAUCACUCUGUCAGACACACAUGAUGGAUACAACAUCAGAUGUUCUGCCACAUAUCCUGUGAAUGGAGGAAACAAGACAGCAGAGACAGAAGUGACUCUCAGUGUUUCAUAUGCUCCUAAAGACACCUCAGCAUCCAUCAGUCCAUCAGGUUUGGUGUCAGCAGGUAGCUGGGUGGAGCUGAGCUGCUCCAGCAGAGCCAAGCCUCCUGCCAGCUUCACCUGGUUCAGGAACAGCAAACAUGGAGCCAUUAAUGUAUCUGUGGGGCAGGUUUACAGCUUCAAUGCUACUGAGGGAGGAGAGUAUUACUGUGUGGCUACAAAUGAUCUGGGUCAUCAGACAUCAUCAGUGAUCCUUCUUAUUAACAAAGACUCUGUCUACAGGGAUGCCAUUUUAGUAGGAAGCAUAGUGCUCAUCAGCUUGAUUGCUGUUUGUGUUUGGUGCUUGAGGUCAAAAUGCCCAACUCUGCAACAGUCUCAGAGUCAAACAGAGGAGGAUGCUGCUGUUCAAAUACCAGCCAAUGAAACAGAGGAAGAACUUCAAUAUGGUGAAGUAAACGUCCUUCAGAGAAGACCUGAAGCUUCCAGUGGAUCAGGAAAGGACAGAGGACAGCAGGAAAUGGUGUAUUCUCAAGUCAAGAUGUCUGCUGACACUACAGAUUAUCUCUACGCUGAAGUUAACAAAACAUAACUUCCUGUUUGUUAUUGCAUUUUAUUCAGGUUUUUAGUUACAGAAGGUAUUGGCUCACGUUAAAGACAGAAUCUUUUGUUGGGAAAGUUAAAAUGGUUUGCUUUAAAUUUAUUUACUGACUGAUUUGACUUAGAUUGACCAGAUGUUACAGGCUAGGCUGUCUGCUAACGUUCUUGAAUCAAAGC